CCUCCGGCUUCUCGGCCUUGGUUCUGAGGCGAGCGGCGGCCAUCGUUAGCGCGGCAGCGGCGGCGGGAGCGGGAUCCCCUCAGGCCGCGAGCCCCGGCGCGCAGGCGCACUGCGAGCCCGCCCCAGGCCCCGGCCCUCGCAAGCACAACCGAAGGGGGAGCAUGUCGCGGCGGCGCCACAGCGACGAGAACGACGGAGGACAGCCUCACAAAAGGAGGAGGACUUCAGAGCCAACCGAAAUAGAGGAUCGACUGGAAUCUUUAAUAUGCCGAGUAGGAGAAAAGAGUACCUCUUCAUUGGAGAGCAACCUGGAAGGCCUAGCAGGCGUCUUGGAGGCGGAUCUGCCAAACUACAAGAGCAAGAUCCUAAGAAUUCUUUGUACAGUGGCACGUCUGUUACCUGAGAAGCUGACAGUUUAUACAACGUUAGUUGGACUGCUGAAUGCCAGGAAUUACAACUUUGGAGGGGAAUUUGUGGAAGCCAUGAUUCGACAGCUCAAAGAAUCUUUGAAAUCAAAUAACUAUAAUGAAGCUGUGUAUUUAGUUCGCUUCCUCUCGGAUCUCGUGAACUGUCAUGUAAUAGCUGCCCCGUCGAUGGUUGCCAUGUUUGAAAACUUUGUAAAUGUGACUCAGGAGGAAGAUGUGCCUCAGGUGCGACGUGAUUGGUACGUCUUCGCUUUUCUGUCGUCUUUACCCUGGGUUGGAAAGGAAUUGUAUGAGAAGAAAGAUGCUGAGAUGGACCGCAUAUUUUCCAGUAUUGAAAGUUACCUGAAAAGGCGUCAAAAGAUUCAUGUACCUAUGUUGCAAGUAUGGACUGCUGACAAACCACAUCCACAAGAAGAGUAUUUAGAUUGCCUUUGGGCCCAGAUUCAGAAGUUGAAAAAGGAUCGCUGGCAGGAACGACACAUUCUGCGACCCUAUCUUGCCUUUGACAGCAUCCUGUGUGAAGCCUUACAGCAUAAUCUGCCUCCCUUCACCCCACCUCCUCACACGGAGGAUUCCAUGUACCCGAUGCCGAGGGUCAUUUUUAGAAUGUUUGACUACACAGAUGAUCCUGAGGGACCCGUUAUGCCAGGGAGUCAUUCUGUUGAGAGAUUUGUAAUUGAAGAAAAUCUGCACUGUAUCAUCAAAUCCCACUGGAAGGAAAGGAAGACUUGUGCUGCACAGCUAGUGAGCUAUCCUGGAAAGAACAAGAUUCCCUUGAACUACCACAUAGUCGAGGUGAUCUUUGCUGAGCUGUUUCAGCUUCCAGUUCCUCCUCAUAUUGAUGUUAUGUAUACAACUCUUCUCAUUGAACUGUGUAAACUGCAGCCCGGCUCUCUACCCCAAGUGCUGGCCCAAGCAACUGAAAUGUUGUACAUGCGUUUGGAUACGAUGAACACCACGUGUAUAGACCGAUUCAUCAAUUGGUUUUCUCACCAUCUGAGCAACUUUCAGUUCCGUUGGAGCUGGGAAGAUUGGUCAGAUUGUCUUUCUCAGGAUCUCGAAAAUCCCAAGCCAAAAUUUGUCAGAGAAGUAUUGGAAAAAUGUAUGAGGCUUUCUUACCAUCAGCGUAUAUUAGACAUUGUUCCUUCUACAUUUUCUACUCUGAGUCCUGCAAACCCAACGUGCAUUUACAAAUAUGGAGAUGAAAGUAGCAAUUCUCUCCCUGGACAUUCUGUGGCCCUCUGUUUAGCUGUUGCCUUUAAAAGCAAGGCAACUAACGAUGAAAUCUUCAGCAUUUUAAAAGAUGUGCCGAAUCCUAAUCAGGAUGAUGAUGAUGAUGAAGGAUUCAGCUUUAACCCAUUGAAAAUAGAGGUCUUUGUACAGACUCUGCUUCACUUGGCAGCCAAGUCCUUCAGCCAUUCCUUCAGUGCUCUUGCAAAGUUUCACGAAGUCUUCAAAACCCUUGCUGAAAGUGAUGAGGGAAAAUUGCAUGUUCUCAGAGUUAUGUUUGAGGUCUGGAGGAAUCAUCCACAGAUGAUCGCUGUACUGGUGGAUAAGAUGAUUCGGACACAGAUAGUUGACUGUGCUGCAGUAGCAAACUGGAUCUUCUCUUCCGAACUCUCACGUGAUUUUACAAGGUUGUUCAUUUGGGAAAUCUUACACUCCACAAUUCGUAAGAUGAACAAGCACGUGGUGAAGAUCCAGAAAGAGUUGGAGGAGACUAAAGAGAAACUUGCAAGGCAACACAAACGUCGAGACAGUGAUAAUGAUGUCAAUGAUAAUGACAGAAGUCGCGACAGGGAAGAUGGACCGCUGGAGGAGCAGAUAGAGCGCCUUCAGGAGAAAGUGGAGUCGGCUCAGAGUGAACAGAAGAAUCUUUUUCUUGUCAUAUUUCAGCGUUUCAUAAUGAUAUUAACAGAACAUUUGGUGCGCUGUGAAACUGAUGGAACCAAUGUCAUAACGCCCUGGUACAAGAACUGUAUAGAGAGACUGCAGCAGAUCUUCUUGCAGCAUCAUCAGAUAAUCCAGCAGUAUAUGGUGACCCUGGAAAACCUUCUUUUCACUGCUGAACUGGACCACCACAUCCUAGCUGUAUUCCAGCAGUUCUGUGCUCUCCAGGCCUGAAUUUAUUCCCCUCCCUGCCCCUUCCCGCCGCCCCGUGUUGAGACUUUUUUUAAUAGUAGUCAUUUAUUUUGAAUGGUUUGAAUGUUGGUGUCAUUGUAGCGUUUUCAUUGUCUAUUUCAUCUAUCAUUUACUAUGAAAAGGGAAAUAAUAAAAUGUUUUGCAAGAUAAGUUUGCUAAUUUCAAUAGUGUCAGGCUGACCAGAGACCAUAUUGUGAACAUCACAGAUAGCCAGUCAUCUCUGCUGUGAACGAUUUGAUAUUUCCUGUAGUAAAACGAAGGAAGCUGAUUUCACUCGUGGAAUGUGCAACGAUAGAAUUAAAGGCUAAAAAUAGUGUAGAAAUUGGAUUUCUUACUGAACGUCUUAGAUUUUCAUAGAUCAUGAAAUUUGACAAAAUAUGGCGGAAAUAAAAUUGAAAUAUGUUUUUUAAACGG